GUUUCCUCAUAUUAUAUAAUCACAGAUAGAUGUGAUCCAAAUAAAAAUCCUUCCAAUUCCUUUUGCAUUCUAUAGCCUCUUUGCUUGCCCCCACUAGCAUUACUCUCUUUGCCUUUUCUGAAUCCAUCAUGAUUAUGGACCCUGACGUUGAAUCAAAGUAUGCCCACAACGCCAAGGUCAUGGUGGGCACUGCCAUUCUUCUCUUCAUAAUCAUACUCCUUAUUGUUUUCUUACACGCCUAUCUCCGCUUCUGCCGCCGUCGCCGUCGCCGUCUUCCCUCUCCUUCGCUUCCCACUAAUUCCUCUUUCAACCACCCAUCCCUUCACCCCUCCGUUCUCAAAUCCCUUCCCACGUUCACUUUCUCGGCCGCCACCCACCGCGCUCUUCACGACUGCGCCGUGUGCUUGUCGGAGUUCGCUGACGGCGACGAAGGGCGCGUGCUUCCAAACUGCAACCACGCUUUCCACUCUCAUUGCAUCGACACGUGGUUCGUCUCUCACUCGAACUGUCCUCUCUGCCGAACCCUGGUUCAACCGGCGACGGCUUGCUCUGGCGCUGAACCGGGUUCUGUUUCGGUUUUAGAAGCGGGGGAGGGUUCUUGCUCCUCGUCUUUGCCUGCACCCAUAGGGUGUCCGAGAAAGCCGUUGCAUAUAAUCGUGGAGCAACCCGAGGUGGAAAGAGAGUCGGAUCCUGUAACCGGAGAUCAAGGGUUGAGAUGGUCCUUGAAGAGGUUUUGCAGCGUCUAAGUGAUAUGGCUUAUGAGUCAUGUAGAGUCUCCUCAAGGUAAUUCAUGAUAUCACAUGGGCAUUCAUCUUUGCUGAAAAUAAGGAAAAAUAUGUUACUUAGAUGAAUUAUCGCUCUUAGUACAGAUCUUUCUUUCCACUUUCUAUCUGUAGAAUUCCAACUCUCAAUCUCAGCUGUAUGCUUGGACGCAAGUUCAUGUACCGCAAUGGUAAUUUUAUAAAUUUUUACCUGUUUAGUUAUGGUAAAAGAAAAUAUAUUUCGUUAGAAGUAAAAUAAUAUAUUUUUGAUAUAGUUCAAAAUUUAUUUCCCUUCAAAUUUAAUUUCAAUUAACUUAUUAUUGAAAAUUAAGUUUGCAAAUGAAAUUGAAACUUGUGUUUAUUAGUUGCAUACAUUUUUAGGGCACAUAAUAAAAGAAUUCAACUUGGGGGUUUGUAUUCUAGUAGGGCAGGGAUGGGCAUGGCAGUGAAUAUAUUUUUUUUAGGGGGGUUCAAAUAAGGCGGUGAAUAGAUACAACUUAGUCAGUUUAGGCAUUUUUGAGAUGGGCACCUGGUUAAGACUUGUUGGAUCCAAUUUGACCAAAGCUAUUAAGUUAGUAUUCUCAAAAUAGUGAAUGGGUGGAGCAUACAGGAAUUGUGAGCUUUGUUUGCUAAAAUUAAUAAAGCCACGAUAGCAGAAGCUGUGGAAAUGUAAGUGGUAAUUUUGGAUUUGCUGGUAAAUGAAACCAGGAUGCAACUCGUGCUAAGCAUGUUCAAUCACUCUUUAAGGUAUAAGGCAGGCAUCCUUUAAACCUAUUCAAUCAUUCUUUUCAAUUAUUUUUUCCCUUAAAUCUAAUAAUUCAAUAUAUUAUUAUGUUACGGUUCCAGGAACACAAAUGCAUUAACAAAAAGUACGUAAGAUAUGUAAAUAAAUAUACUCCACAAAUAUUCAUUAAAUAUUGGAGUUAUCAAUUACUCGUAAAUUAUCUACAUUUCUUCUACGUCUUUCUCGUUCUAUAUACUGAGAUUUCAUUGGAUGUUGUCCCAUUUAUUCUCCUUCUUGUUUGCUACUGAAAGCACACUCCUUCAAGGUGUCAUAUAUUUCGUCCAUACUAUCUUGUCUUUUCAUCUUUAGAAGGCACUGAGCACUAAAUUUUCAAAGCAUGUAAACUGAUCUAACCAAACGAGGUAUGAGAUUACUAAUUCACUACUUUAUAAAAUCUUCAAUUGGUGAAUAUAAGAAAGCUGAGAAAGCUAAUUCAAAAUCACUUCAGUUUGACAGAAUUUUCCUUGAGGUAUUGGCACACCUGAAAUAGGUAUCUAUCAAACGUAGCAGUAAUGUACUGAUAGUGUGAUGAUGUACUUUUAAACCCUGGUAUUUUUUUUCAUACCCUGCUUCGCUACUUUCAUGCAUGCUAUUUUCUGCAUCUAAUUCACUUAUUCUACUUGGAAAUAUCUAUUUCAUACCGUAUAAGUCUACAUCGAUCUAUAUUUUUUUAUUCAAUUAUAGGCUUAUGUUUCUACCAAGUAGGCUACAAUUUCUAUAGGCUUGUUCUUUUUUUAUGAUUUUCCUUGGUAGCUUUGGUUUAAAUGUUUAUUUGCCAGUGCCCACUUCUAUCAUAGAGCUGUAGUCAAGAGUUUUAUAAAUAUUAAGCACGCUACACCUCUUUUGCCUAUUUGUUUAAGUUAUUUGCUUAAAAGUUUUUCUUUUGGAUGAUUUUGAUUAGUGCUUUUGUUAUGAAGCCUAAGAUUUUACAUUUUUCAACUCUUAUUAUGAUAUAGGCGAUCUUAAGGAUUUUGGUUGUGGUAUUACACACGUAACAAAUUUGACAAAUUUAGAGAUGGGGCAUGUUUAAAACUCUUAAUUGAGGCAGAAAAGAACCAAUCGUUCCCAAACUUACACAAAGCAACAAAGAAGGAACGGGAAAAAGGAAGUAAAAAGAAGGGGAAAAGAAAGAAAAGAAAAAUAAAAUGACGAGAUAUGAAGAGAAGUGAAAAGAUGGAAUUAAAAACAAACCUAUUAUUUAUAGAGCAGAGAACUGACACGUUUGAUUUGGAUGUGAUGUUAUUGUGUUUUGAUAAAUUGGGAGAGUUACGGACUCAAAGGUUGAUGCCAUGGGCCUUGUUCUAUAUAUAAAUAAGCGUUGUUAAUAUUUUCUUUCUUCCUGCGUUAGUUCCAUGAAGUUUGUUCAUUAGCGGUGUUUCUAGGCUAACGUUAUUGUCACAUUUUUUUUGGAGUG